AUCUUCAAUGAUUUAUGAGAUUUUCUUUUUGCGUAUAAAAAUUCAAACACUAAAUUUUUAUUCGGAAGAAAAAAUAAAAUAAUUUAUGAGAGUACACUUUUAGAAACCGUAAAAUGCGUGUUUAACUCUUAUCACCGAAGAUAAACGAUCUUGGGUACAUAAAAGUACUAUAUAUAAAGAUAGACAUAUAUCAAAUCAUCAAAAUAUUAUAGGUUAUCAUAUAUUUUAAUAAUAUUACAAAGAAUUAAUAUAAUGGUAAUAAUCAAAUCCGAACCUAAUUUUAGUGGCAAAAAAAAUUCUGAACCUAACAUCAGUGACCAAAAGGAAAAAAAAAAUUAGUUGAGUGGCAAAUUUCUAAAAACAUAAUAAGUUCGGUGACAAAAAAAUCUAUUUUCCCUAGUAAGUAUCAACUCUUUUCUAAUAGUUAAAGGUUGGUCCACAAAACGAGCCACUUUUUUGAGUCCAUUAAGAAGAGGAGUCUAGUACUGAAGUCCAAACCGCGAAUAGGCCACAAAACGGGUUUCCGUAUUUUGGCAGGCCCAACCCAGAGCAGCCCAGAACAGUUGAUGAAAGUUGAGCAAAGAGAAAUGAAUCCUGCUGUGAAUUUGUGAGAGCGAGGGAGAAGAAAAUGGUGAUGAUGGUAAGGGGAUUGCUAAAACAUGCUUCCAAGAGUGUUUUGAAUUCCAAGCAGCCGCUGAAGAAUGCGUUGUUUAAUCAUUCUUACUACAUCUACACUCCCUUGUUUUCGAGAAAACAGAGCUUUAAGGCAUUCUGUCAAGUACCUGGUGUAUCACCACUUUAUGAAUUGGAAAAGUUUGGCCCUAGAGGAAGACACUCCAUCCACACAACUCGCUGGUUGAACAGAUUCGAGGAACCUGUGAAUCCGGAAGAGCCUACUGGGCACACGGAGGGCUCUGCCGAUGGUAAAACUAAGAGGAUAAAAUUAAAAGGGAAACGAGCCGUUGUCAAGUGGUUAAAGUUCUUCAGGUUUAAGAAGAAAAAGGAGUAUGAACGAAUGACUGCGGAAGAAAAAAUUCUGUAUAAACUGAGAAAGGCUCGGAAAAAGGAAGAAAGGUAUGUUGAAGCUCUUAGGAAACUUGAGCCUAAGGAAUCAGCAGAAACAAAACAUGACCCAGAGAUAUUAACACCGGAAGAGCACUUUUUCUUUUUAAAGAUGGGGCAGAAAAGCAAGAACUAUGUACCAGUUGGAAGACGAGGAAUAUAUCAAGGAGUAAUCCUGAACAUGCACUUGCACUGGAAGAAGCACCAGACUUUACAAGUAGUGGUCAAGACAUUCUCACCAGAGGAGGUGAGGGAGAUUGCAGUAGAGCUUGCAAGAUUGACUGGAGGGAUUGUUCUUGACAUUCAGGAAGAUAAUACCAUUAUAAUGUACAGAGGGAAGAACUAUACUCAGCCACCAACAGAGAUAAUGUCACCAAGAAUCACUCUCCCUAGGAAGAAGGCUUUAGACAAAUCCAAGUACCGGGAUGGCCUUCGAGCCGUAAGGAAGUAUAUACCAAGACUUGAGCAGGACAUUGAUCUUCUUCGAGCCAGGGCUGAAAACCAAGCUGAAAGUAAUUUCGGGUUAACUGAAGAAAGCCAAACUAAAAAUAUGCCCGGGCUUACCAGCAACACCCAAUUGACUGACAUUACAACUUGCAACUCUGGAAACCUUUCCAAAGAACAAUUGGAAGGCUCCUUAAAGCUACAAGAACUAAUGGCUCAAAAUGAUGGAUGCCAUGAGGAUGAUGAUUCCACAACGCAUUCAGGUAUAGAUUCGGAUUCUGAAGCCCUGUCAGAUAUUUUUGAGACGGAGUCUGAUACUGAAUAUGAGAAGGAAGAAAAAAAUUUAUACUUAGAUGAGUUUGACAAGAUCCCUGCAAGGAAUGAAGGGCAAGCAGAUGAUUUUGAAGUACACCUGCGUCAAAUAUCCGCAGAUUCAAAAAUGGAAAAGUCAUGGGAAAAGGAUACUGAAAUACCCAACCUUGAUGAGGUUGAUAGGAUGGUUCUGCGAGCAGCUUCUCUUUUAAAGAAAAAGAGAAGAUGAAACUGAUUAUAUUUGAAUUUUAUGGCUAAUUGGAUUGUUUCAAAAGUUUCAAUAUAUUACUAGUUCUUUGGUUUA